AUGGAAUUGAAGUCGUCGGAUGGCUAUCGAGAUCCUCUCACUCUCUCGCCGAUCCGAAAAAUACAUAUCGUCCUCGCGGGAAUUCUGUUUAUCUUCAAUAGUGCCUUUGGAUCAUCACUCCCCUCAGGCGCCCAUGAUGCAAUCGCAGACUAUUUCAACAUCGCCCACGACGAUACAAAGCUGGUUCUUCUGAACUCUUUAUACCUUGUGGGAUUUGCUAUUGGUCCACUAAUAUUCGGACCUCUCAGCGAACAUGUCGGCCGUAGGCCCGUUCUAAUCGGUACAUUCAGUGGAUAUAUCAUCUUCACCAUGGCCUGCGCAUUAUCACCAAACUUCCCUGCUUUGCUCGUUUUUCGUCUUCUAUGUGGCUUGAACGCCGCUUCUCCCAAUGCUGUGCUUGGAGGGUUGUAUGCUGAUAUCUUGGAUAACCCGCAAACUCGCGGUAUUGCCAUGGCGCUUUUCAUGGUUGUCACUGGCUUUGGUCCUCAGCUUGCACCGCUUGUGUCUGGGUUUAUCUCCACCGUAUCAUGGCGCUGGACCUUUUGGGUUGGACUUGCUGCCGCUGCUGUAGGAUAUCCCUUUGUUCUCUUCAUCCCAGAGACCUAUGUGCCUGUUUUGAAACAGCGACAUGCACGACGGUUGGCUAAGGCGGGAAAACAAGAAGCGAAUGGUGAAACAAUCAUUCCGCCUCAGGGCCCGGGCCAUCGCGGGGAUGGUGUCUUGUCCAUCUUCAUGAGACCAUUUGUGAUGACUGCCAAGGAGCCGGUUCUUCUAUUUGCUUCACUUUUCAUGGGCUUCACAUAUGCGAUGUUCUAUCUGUACUUCCAAGCUUAUCCGCUCAUCUUCCAAAAUCUAUAUGGGUUAUCACCGGGUGUAGCAGGGCUCGCAUUCUUACCCAUCAGUGUUGGAGCCUUGGUUGCCUUUGCGCUCUUCUUGCUCUAUGGCUCAUAUCAUAGCAAGGCUAUGAAAGAGGGCAAGCCCUGGGCCAUGCUUGAAGAGUAUCGCCGUCUGCCGCUUGCCGCAUUGGGUGCACCUUUACUUCCGAUCGCUCUCUUUUGGUUGGGAUGGUCCUCCAAAUUGUCCAUCCACCCCAUCGUCCCCAUGAUGUCCGGUCUCUUCUUCGGCAUCGGGUACAUUCUGAUCUUCAUGGCCAUGAUCAACUAUCUCACUGAUGCCUACAAGCAGUACUCUGCAUCAGCGCAGGCUGCUGCUAGUACGCUACGAUCCUGCCUUGCCGUCUGUCUGCCGCUGGCUACGAACCCGAUGUACGGCACGUUGGGGAUCAAUUGGGCGAGCUCACUCUUGGCAUUUAUUGCUAUUCUGCUUGCUAUGAUUCCAUUCGUGUUUAUCAGGUAUGGACAAUGGAUCCGAAGCCGAAGUCCAUUCUCUCAGCAGGUGAUGAAGGGGGAGUUGACUGAGAGACCAGCGGACACGGUAGUUUAA